GUUUCCUGUUUCAACAGGACUACUGAGAAAAGAAAGGUCGGUGGAGGAGGGAAAUGUCAGCAAGGAUUGGAACGGCAGAUUGAAAACCCCAAACUUCAACCAUUUCUCUUGCCCCAUCUGAGACCAGAGUCAAACUUGAUCCCCUAGAGAACAGGAAGGUUAAGGCCCCAACACUGCUGCUCCUAAGAAUACUCCCUUCUGCUGCUGGCCUGAAAGCAUCUGGGACAAAAAGGAUAAGAGAGCUGUCCUAGGAAUCAAGAGCCAAGCACGACAGGUUGCUAAAGCAUCAUGAUCUACCCAAACCCCAAGCCAUCAGCUGGACCAGCCCGGGUAGCUGAGACCUAUGAGGCCAAGUGUGAGCGUCGACAGGAGAUUCGAGAAAGCCGUCGCCGCCGCCCCAACGUGACUACAUGCCGCCAGAUGAGGAGGACCAGAAGAAGGCCUGGCAGUGAGCAGACCCAGAGCCCUCGUCAACAGCAAUUUCUUAAGAGAAGGAACCUGGAAAUAGAAGAAGGAAAAGUGAAAGGCUCAUUAUCUGGGACCCGGGGGCUCUUAAGAAAGGAAGGCCAGGAAGGUGACCUUAAGGCAUCCAACCUUUGCAGUGGCACGGAGUCAUCAUCUGGACAACAGGAAUCUGAGACCAGUACCAAGGUCUUUUCAAUCCAACACCAUCCUCCCCCAGGAAACCAUAAGGAUCCCUCUGACCAUCGUUCUACUUGGGAACUCUUACCAGUGGAAGUGCUAGUCAAAAAGCCACUCACACUUCAUCAAGGUACACAAACGAAAUCACUAGGAUUACAACUGACAAUUAAAAAUGAUGCCAGCCAGCAAACCAAUUGCGGGAUUGCAGUUCUGGAUAAGGAAAUUAUCCAGCUAUCUGACUACCUCAAAGAAGCCCUGCAGAGAGAGUUGGUUCUGAAGCACAAGAUGGUGGUUCUCCAAGAGCUCCUGUCUACACUGCUUCAAGCUUCUGACAGGUCUUGGAAGGGACAGCUGAAUGAGGACAAGCUGAAGUGCAAACUGAGAUCCCUGGAAAACCAGCUGCACACCUGUACCCAGAAAUACUCCAAAGAAGGUGCAAAAAAGGUCCUUCUGGAAAUGGAGGACCAGAAGCAGAGCUAUGAGCAAAAGGCAAAAGAGACUCUGCAGAAACUGCUGGAGGAGAAAACAGCUGCUGAACAGCAGCUGGAGAGCACUCAGAGGUCCCUGGCCAUGGCUGAGCUCAAAUGUGAGCAGUGGAGGGAGCAGUACGAAACUUUAAAGGAAGACUGGAGAGACCUAGGGGCCAAGCACAGCGAACUCGAGAAUCAGCUCUAUGUUCUACAGUCCAAAUUGCAGGGAGCAGACAGCAGAGAUUUUCAGCUAAACCAGGCCCUACAUCUUCUGGAGCGUGAACACCAGGACCUCCAGACACAGAUUGACCGCCUGCAGGGGGACAGAGAACUGGGCUGUUCUAACAUCAGCGACCUGCAAGGGCAACUACAAAGGUCAGAAGAGGAAAAGCUUGCCCUGAAGGCUACAGUUGAGCACUUGCAGAAUCUUCUCCAGAGCCAAUCCAUCCAGCUUCAUAUCCAAGAGGAACUUAUGCCACAGAAAGGUCAGACUUGUCCUACAUGGAGUUCAGCACCCACCCAUCUGGAAGAGAAGUCCAAGGGUUCAGGGGAAGAGAGAGAAAAGAAUCUCAGGGAUCAGCUGCAAGAGAGGACUUUGCAGUUCCAAGCUAAGGACAAGGAGUGUGAAGAGUUACAUUCGGAGCUGGACAGCCUGAGCGAUGAGUACCUCUCCUGCCUGAGGAAGCUACAGCAAUGCCGGGAGGAGCUGAACCGGGGUCAACGGCCACCCCACAGAAGACGAUGUGGCUGUUGGCUCCCUGUGCUAAUAGUAGUGAUUGCUACAGCACUAGCAGCAUUUCUGGCCAACACAGAAAGCGUGGUGAUCUGAAUGUCCUGCAACAGCUGGAAAGGAGAACCGCCUUGAGAGGAAAGGCAGGGAAGUGGUGGAAGAUUCAAAGAGGGUUUUUUGUUUUGUUCCUUUUCAUGCUGCUGGGGGAAGAUCCUGACCGUUUUACUUUAGGGGCUAAUUGUGGGAUAUGUCAAUAAAUUCCACCAGACUGUAUAUAACCUCA